AUGGAAGAAAUAGAAACUGUUGCUGAGUAUAUGUUCAGAAUCAAUGACCUUAUCAAUAAUAUUAGAGCUCUUGGUGAAGAUAUUAAGGAUGUUGAUGUUUACAAAGAUCUUUCUGAAGUGAAGAUUGAUGAGCUUCAGGCCUCUCUUACUGCCUAUGAAAUGAGAAUUGGUGUUCUAGCUGUACAUAGAAGAGAAGCUGCACUUAAAGCAAAGGAAUUUGUUGAAGAAACUAAAGCAAAGUCUAAAGAUGAUCUUGAAGAAGAUGAGGGGCAAAGCCAGAAGAAGAAUAAGGGAGGAAACUACAAAGGAAGGUUCGGUAGAAAAACACUCAUCUCAGACUGGAAUGCAACUCCUGAAGAAGAAAAACCUGAGGAGACACAAGAUGAAUGUCUCUUUAUGGCAAUUCUUAAAGCACCACAAACUCCAGUUCAAGUUGAAGAAGAUAGUGACACUAAGAUUGAGGAAAUUCUUGAAGAGUGUGAAAGGCUUGUCAAUCAAACUCACUCUGUAUUUGUCAAAGCCACAACUGGUGAAGUGUAUGCAAGGUUUCCUAUCAUAAAGCAUCGGAGGUUCAAGGUUGAGUUACUUAAUAACACCUGCAGUGCUCUAAGCUUCAAUAAGAGAGAGUUUAUUACCACAGCUAUAAGGAACUACAAGAUAACUAGAAUGUAUGUCAAGAAGUCAGACUUAGCUUCAGCACAGAAGGUCAAGGAGAAAGGAUCAUUGUUAAAGACUAAAAUGAUGUGGAUUCCGAAGAAAUUAAACUCUGCGAGCCUUCUAGUGUAUGUAGCUUUUAGUGCUUGUAACACUCAGGACAAAUGGUAUAUUGAUAGUGGCUACUUUAGACACAUGACGGGUGAUGAAUCCAAAUUUGCUUCUUUGAAGCAGUUUGACAGGAUAAAUGUUAUCUUCAGAGACAAUCAAAAGGCAAAAAUCAUUGGUAUUGGAACUGUAAAUAAGUCUGAAGAAUUACCUGAGAUUCAUGAAGUUCUACUUGUUGAAGGGCUCAAACACAAUCUUCUCAGUGUUAGCCAACUGUGUGAUAAUGGAAAAGAAGUAUGUUUCAAUAAAAAGAAGUGCAGUGUGGUUGAUCUCAAAUCCAAACAAGUCCUCUUCUCGGCAUAUAGAUCCUCAGGAAAGGUUUAUACUGUUAGUGAAGAAACUCAGAAUACUCAAUGCAAUCUGACAACUUGUGAUAAAGCUAAGCUAUGGCACAAAAGAUUAGGACAUCUGCACUCAAGAAAUUUGUCUAAACUCCUCAAACUAAAAGUUGUCAAAGGUCUGCCCGAUAUUAACUUCAAAGAAGAUCAUCUCUGCAGAGCUUGUCAGUAA